AUGGCGCACGGGGGCCUGCAGGCGCUGGGGCUCGCCCUGGGGCGCGGCUGGCUGGCGCUGCUGGCGGCCACGGCGCUGCCGCAGUGGGAGGUGUCGACGUUCGCGGGCGACAGCAUCAUCACCGCGCUGGUCACCAUGAAGGGGCUCUGGAUGAGCUGCGUGAGCACCAGCACGGGCCAGCUGCAGUGCAAGAGCUACGACUCCGUGCUGGCCCUGCCAGCGCACCUGCAGGCCACGCGGGCGCUCAUGGUGGUCUCGGGGGUCAAGCCCCCAAACCGCUUGCUGGGCGCCCCGCGCGCGGGAUGGGACAAACGCUGCACGCGCUGCGGGGGCGACGACCCCCGCAAGAAAGCCUCGGUGGCCGGGGCGGGGGGCGCGCUCUUCAUCCUCUCAGGGCUCUUGGCUCUCGUCGCCUGCUCCUGGUACGGCCACAGGAUCGUCACCAGCUUCUACGACGCCACCAUCCCCAUCAACCUCAAGUACGAGUUCGGCUCCGCGCUGUUCCUGGGCUGGGCGGGCUCGGCGCUCGCGCUGCUCGGGGGGUCCCUCCUGGCCUCGUCCUGCUGCGGCGGGGGAGGGGCGGCCAAGGGGGUUUUUCUGCCCAAAUUCUCGAAUUAUUCCCCCUCCGAAUCCUUCCUGGAGAGGGGAUAA